CACCAGCGCGCGCGGACAGGCGGGACAAAGGCUCAGCACUUGUUCAGAGGCUGUUGGGACAGUUUACUUUGUCCAACACACGCAUCUGAAACAAGGACGCUCUCAGGAGGUACACAAGUCUAUUUUAGGACUAAAUUAGGGACAAAUUAUUUCUCUGCCAAGCCUGUAAUCCGAGUCAAGCUUUAGUUGGAAGGAGCGUUUUAGCAGAAAACACGAACGGACACUCCAGCUUUUUUCCCCUUUCAACGGUCCUCAGCUCCUGAAACCUCAGUGAUGUUUGACAAGCAGCACUACGAGAGCCCACCUGUUUACACUCCUCCAUCUAACAACGGCUUUGGUCCUCCAGGCAGCUUCCAUGGCCCUCACAGCGACUACAACGCUUACCCGCCUCCACCGGGAUCUUACUACAUGGAGGACAAACCGCAGCACUUCUACAAAUGGCUAUCACCUCCGGGGAUCAUCAAGGCCAUGAUGGCCGGUGUGAUUGUGCUGUGUGUAGCCAUAUUUGCCUGCGUGGCUUCUACUCUCAUGUGGGAAUUCCAGUACGGCUAUGGGAUGGGCGGAGGCUACUAUGGUUCUGGUUUGGGCUAUGGCAGCGGCUACACUGGGGGUAUCUACGGCUCGGGCUACGGUUAUGGAGGUUAUGGAGGAUACGGAAACUACUAUGGCUCAUACGUUUCUCCUUACUCGGCCAAAACCGCCAUGAUCGCCAUGGCAGCCAUUAACUUCAUUGGAUCGCUCAGCUUCUUCAUCGCCAGCUUCUCCAAAUCCAACAUGGUCCACUCUAGGAAGUUCUUCCUGGCCGUCCUGAUAUGCAGUAUCCUGAUGGCUCUCCUGCAGGGCAUCAUGACCAUCGUGUACAUUGUGGGCGUGAACCCCAUGGCCCAGGGCUCCUCCAGUAUGAUGUACAACCCGAUGCUGAUGAUGUGUCAGAACCUCUACCAGACCACCUACUCUCAGAUGGGAGGAGUGGGAGGCUUCCCCAUGUACAACCAGUACCUGUACCAUUACUGCUUUGUGGACCCACAAGAGGGAGUUGCCAUGGUGUGUGGAUUCCUGGUCGUCGUCGCUUUGGGGGUCGCUGCUUUCUUUGCUCAGAAAACAAGAGGGAAGAUCUGGCGCUACGGAAAACCAAAUAUCUACUGGGAGGAGCCUCUCGUUGGUGGGAAGGCCUCGGAAGGCAGAGAUGUGGAGGAAUGGGUGAACAAUGUGGAGGAAAGCCGUAGUGUUCAGGAUGCCCCGACCCUGCUGGUGUCGGAGAAGGGAGGCGGGCUUCUCAACGCAUCGGCGAAUAGUGUCACCUCCUACCCACCCACCAAGAUGGACAUCAGCUCCUACAACGGGGACGACAAACAAUAUUCAGAGAGAACAACCAGCCGGCCGUCUGAAGCGUUCUCCCACGGUAGGACCAGUUCCAGCCCAUCAGAAGAGGCCGGCGGCGGCCGCAGACCCUCGGCCAACAGGGGCAAGAGGCGCAGGCGUAACCCAGAACUGGAUGAAUCUCAGUAUGAAACCGAAUACACCACAGGAGGAGAGACGGGCAACGAGCUGGACGCAGAAGAAUGGGAAAGAGUUUACCCAGCGAUAACUUCAGACGCUCAGAGACAAGAGUACAAGAGAGAGUUCGAUGCAGACCUGCGGGCGUACAAGCGCCUUUGUGCUGACAUGGACGACAUCAACGAUCAGAUGAACAAACUCAGCCGGCAGCUGGACACCCUGGACGACAGCUCGGCCAAGUACCAGGCUGUUGCAGAAGAAUACAACCAACUGAAAGAUCUGAAGCAGACAUCAGAAUACCAGUCGAAGAAGAGAGAGUGCCGCAGGCUGAGACACAAACUGUUCCACAUCAAGCGCAUGGUGAAGGACUACGAUAAGACCCACUAAAGGAGCCGUGCUGUUCUGCGUCCUGUUCAGCGGGUCACGCUGCUGAGACCCACGUCGGCCAACACACUCCACUAAACAGCAAAGACUGUGACCAGCUGAGACCAAAGUUACAGCAGACACAUGAGAAUACGGCGAACAUUAAAAACAAACACGUGGGGGAACGUGUUAAAAAUGACCAUCUAGAUGUGCUUUCGCUCACAUUGAACCCCCACUUCUGUUGCGUUCUGUCUCCAAAGUGUCCACCUACAGAGGGGACUGGAAGAGGACAUAACACCAGGUUUUUGUUUUAUCUGCUCAGAUCCGAGGUGGAGCAGGAUCAACGGGAAUGUAGUUAUGAAUGAGAAACGUGAAGGAGUUCGCUCGUCAGCAAGUACGCUGAUGUGUUUUGCUUCGUCGCAAAAGUACUUUAGCUUCUUUUUUCUUUUUACAUGAGCAUCAGUAUUUGCAACUACCUUAACCACCAGAGAGCUAGCUGCCUCCUGAUGGGAAAAUGUACUGUUUUGUUUUUGUGUACUCUUAAGACUUUUACACUGGUUGUCAUAGAAAGGAGACCAAACAUGAGAUAAACUGGCCAAUGAGAUGUAUUUUGUUGUACUGUACACGUUCUAAAUGGUCUCAUACAAAGAUCAAACCCCAGCUUGUUCUGUCAGAGCAGUCAUGAUCAUAGUUGGUACUAAUGACUUCUGAUCGGUCUGAAAAAAAUGCUUAGAUUUAAUCAAGCUGUGUUUAAAAUUCUUUGUCAUGAACACAGUAAUUAGAAUUAUGCUCUAAUUUUGUAUUGAUCAGUCACAAGCACAAAUACAUCUAAUGUAAAUUCAACGAAAAAAACGUAGUCCAGCUUAUGAUUUGUUAAGCUUUUGUGUUUUUAAAGAGUUUUAUUGUCAUUUUACAAACCUUUGGUGAGCCAUUUAUUUUUGUAAGAAUUUUAUUUUCUUUGUUGCUAUCAUAAAAAACAUUUUUGUAACUGUACACUUCUUCCAUAAAUUAGGUUGUCUAAAAUUAUUAAUUUAGCACAUAAUAAACUUCUCUAAUUC